AUGAGUUCACGUACAAGACGGUCCUCAAUUGAUUCUCAAGAGCAGCAGAUCAUAGAAGAGAAAAUUGCCAAAGUAAACGGAGAAAUAUCGGUCAAAUCCUACUCUAAGGGGAAGUUCCUUGGAAAAGGAGGCUUUGCUCGAGUAUACGAAUUAUUAUGUCUCGAUACCAAACAAUUAACUGCUGCAAAGCUAAUUACUAAAGAAUCCCUAUCAAAGGCUCGAGCACGUCAAAAGCUAAUGAGUGAAAUAAAAAUUCACCGAGCCCUCCAUCACCCAAAUAUUGUUCAUUUUGAACAUUUUUUUGAAGACGGUGAAAACGUUUACACCUUUUUAAAAUGAAUAAAAGCAUUGCUAAUGAUUAUUAAAUAAUACAUCUAGUCAUUAAAAAGGCUAAACUGGUAUACAUCCUUCUUGAGCUCUGUGCAAAUCAAACAUUAAGUGAGCUUAUGAGAAGAAGAAAAAGAUUAACUGAAAUAGAGGCUCAAUGCUACUUACAACAAACCAUUUCAGCAUUGAAAUACCUGCACUGUCAUAGAGUAAUUCAUAGAGAUAUCAAAUUAGGAAACCUCUUUUUGACUGAUAAAAUGGAAUUAAAACUUGGAGAUUUCGGGCUUGCAACCAAACUUGAGCACGAUGGAGAAAGAAAGCGAACAAUUUGUGGGACUCCUAACUAUAUUGCUCCAGAAAUCUUGGACGGGAAACAAGGGCAUUCAUAUGAAGUUGACAUAUGGAGCUUGGGAGUUUUGGCUUAUACUUUAUUGGUAGGAAAGCCACCAUUUGAGACAGCUGAUGUAAAAACUACGUAUAGAAGAAUAAAAAUGAAUGCUUAUAAUUUUCCUGAUCAUGUCCCUGUUUCAGAUGAGGCUAAAGCUCUUAUAUCGUCAAUCCUUAUAAAUGAUCCUUUGAAGCGCCCUUCAUUAGACGACAUAUUGGAAAGCCCGUUUUUUACAAAAAAUAGCUUUCCAAAGCUUCUCCCAGCUAGCACUUUGGCAGUUCCUCCUUCAUCUUCUUAUCUGCGGCAAUUUGAGCAGACAGCUCCUCAGCUGACCAGAACUGCUACUGAAGACUCAAGCACAAGCAAGCACUCUAGAAGGACAUCGUCCCAAACAAACUUAGAAAUAGCCACACUCACCAAAGGAAUCUCCAGAGGAAGCUCAAGAGACAGAGAGUCAGCCCCAAAUACAAACGAGAAAAAAAUAGCUUCAUCCAGCUCUUAUAUUCCUCCAGAAAAUGGAGAAGGACCAAAAAUAUGGGUAAAGCGAUGGGUUGACUAUUCAAGCAAAUAUGGACUUGGAUAUUUAUUAUCAAAUUACUGCACUGGAGUCUAUUUCAAUGACUCCACCAAAAUUAUUGCUGAUCCCUGUGGAAGCUAUUUUCAAUAUAUUCAUAGACCGCAAACCGCCAAGUCAGAAGAAGUGAGCUUGCAUAGUUUUAAAGAUUACCCUAGCGACCUGCAAAAGAAAGUUACAUUGCUGUUGCAUUUCCGCAAGCACUUGAUCGAUGAUGAUACCAUUCAGGAAACAAAGAUGAGCCACCCUUUGACUUAUGUGAAGAAAUGGCUAGCAACUUCUCAUGGAAUUAUUUUCAGACUCAGCAAUAAGAUUGUGCAGGUAAGCUUCCAGGAUAAAACAGAGCUUUUGCUUUGUAGUGAAAGCAAGAUUGUGUCUUAUGUGAGCAAGAAAGGAGAAAGAAAUACGUAUCCGUUAAGCUCAGCAAUGGACUGUGCAAACAGCGAAAUGGUAAGAAGACUAAGGUAUACCAAAGAAGUCUUGACAAGUAUGCUCCAACCACGAUGUGCAGGAACUGGAGAAUAUAGACCGAAGACGACGGAGCGAGAUUUAUAG